GACAUAGACAGAAGUAGAGAGGUUAGAGGUAUCUUGUGGGCUGUACAGGGACAUGCAACAAACAGGUCCAGCAGCACUGCGGCAUAGAAAACAAAAGUGUGUAUUUGUGUGUGCAACAGACAGGAGAAGCAUUAGACAAACAUGGAUCACCCCCCUGCUUCUCUUACAGAGCCAGUGGGGAGGCAGGACAGGUAGAUACCAUAGAAAAGAAUAUACAUGCAGUAUAGCCAUGUAAGAGUCAGUUUAUUCUGACUACAAACAGUAUCUUGAGGAAGGCUGCUACAUCAGACAUUUGGAUCUUGCUUUACAAGUUGUGGUAAAUAUGGAUGCUUAUGGACCUUAUUCCACUGUACGGAUCUCCAUUGCUGAGAUGGAAUCUUACUACAGCUUCCUGGAGGUGUGUCAGGAGACUGAAUCAGCCAUACUAGGAAAUGAGAUCAUGCAGCAGGACAUCAGGCCCCUGCUGGCUGUAGACAUCAUAGAGCAGCUUCACCGCCAGUUUGCCUUGCUAUCUGGAGGGCGAGGGAAAGAUGGUGCCCCCAUCAUCACUUUCCCAGAGUACUCAGGCUUUAGCGAAGUGCCAGAGGAAGAUUUCCUCAAUGUAGUUACUUACCUGACCAGCAUCCCCAGCCUGGAUGCUGCAAGCAUUGGCUUCAUUAUCAUCAUCGACCGGCGGAAGGACAAAUGGAGCUCAGUAAAGGCCUCUCUAUCCAGGAUCGCUGGGGCAUUCCCAGGAAAUCUUCAGUUGGUGUUGGUGCUGAGGCCAUCCAGGUUCUUCCAGAAGCAUAUAGCAGAUAUUGGGAUCAAACUACACAAGGAUGACUUCAAAAUGAAGGUACCGAUCGUGAUGCUGAACUCGCUGUCUGACCUACAUGGCUAUGUGGAUAAAAACCAACUGACCCGAGAGUUAGGAGGAAACCUGGAAUACUGUCACAGUCAGUGGAUACAUCACCGAACAGCCAUAGAAAAUUUUGCCAUGACAGUGAAAACCACAGCCCAGAUGUUACAGAAGUUCGGGACAGACCUAGCAGAGACAGAGCUGCCCAAUGACGUCCAGUGCACCAAAGACCUCCUUACAGCACACACCGACAAGCACAAUAACCUCAAGGAUGAACUGAGGAUAGCUGUGAAGCAAGGCACCACCUUGUAUAGUUGUAUAAAAGAUCAGUCAGCCAAGUCAGAGGAUCAUGAACUCAACCCUGAUGAGAUGGAAAACCAAACUACUGUGGAAAGGCUUUUAGCCCAGCUAGAUGAGACAGAAAAUGCCUUUGAACAGUUCUGGAGCAAACACCAUCUGAAACUGGAGCAGUGCCUGCAGUUGCGUCACUUUGAACAGGACUUCAGAGAGGUCAAAGUGUCUCUUGACAGCUUGAUAGAGAGUCUAAACAGCCUUUCAGACACUGGGGAUUGUGUGGCCAGAGUUGAGAAACUGCUCAAGGAGCUAAAAACACUGGAGGAGAAAGCUCAGGCCACACUGGAAAAGGCACAACUUCAUGCAUUGCAUGGUGACCAGCUGAUUCAGAGCAAUCACUAUGCUGUGGACUCCAUCAGACCCAAAUGUGUCGAGCUCCGUCGUGUCUGUGACGACUUCAGCAAUGAGGUCAAGAAAAAGACAGAUAUUUUGUCCAAAUCUCUGCAGAUACACCAGGGCAUAGAUAAGGUUAACCAGUGGUGUGAGUCUGGGAUCUACUUGCUGGCAUCCCAGGCUGUGGAUAAGUGUCAGUCACAGGAAGGGGCAGAGUCAGCACUGACAGACAUCGAACACUUUCUGGAGUCAGCAGAAAAGAACCAACUGACUGAACUGAGGAACCUCCACAACCAGUAUGAGGUUGUCUUGUCAGAGGAUAUCAAGGGUAGUGUACUGAAGGCGCUAAAGAGACUAGAAGAUGUUCAGGAGAUGUUUGAAAAGCGGCAUCUCAGUCUGAAGAGACUGUCAGCUAAACAGACAAGGCCCAUCCAGCCUGUUGCUCCACGGCCUGAAUCCUCCCCCAAACGGCCCUCAGUGAAAAACACCGCCAGGACUGCAGGAGGCCAACAGCCUCUUGCUCGCAGAGCUUCCGAUAAUUCUAACAAACAGCAGGCUGAAGCUGAUCUCAACAAGAAGAAGAACAUAAGGAAGGCAAAGGGAGGAAUCAAGAUUGAGGUCAUGCAUGAAGAAAGCCAGGGAGGCUCCACACAUGUUGUUGUGACAAACGAGACUGAGGAAAGUCUAUCCAACAGACGCAGGCAUAUCAUGACUGAACUAAUUGAAACAGAAAGGCUGUAUGUUGAGGAGCUGCAAAGCAUCAUGGAGGGUUAUUUUGCAGAACUGAAUAACUCAGAGCUUAGCCACCUCAUCCCACCAUCACUGGAGAACAAAAGAGAUGUGCUAUUUGGAAACCUGCCGGAGAUAUAUGAAUUUCACAACAAGACAUUUCUCAUGGAGCUGGAGAACUGCGCAGAGAAACCAGAGCUGGUUGGAACCUGUUUUCUGAAAAGAAAAGAAGAGCUUCAGGUGUAUGAAAAGUAUUGUCAGAAUAAACCACGCUCUGAAAUCCUCUGGAGGCAGUGUGGGGACAGCCUGUUUUUUCAGGAAUGCCAGAAGAAGCUGGAUCACAAACUGUCUCUGGAUGCCUACCUGCUGAAGCCUGUCCAGAGGAUCACCAAAUACCAACUCAUGCUGAAGGAGAUGUUAAAAUGCAGUAACGGUGAGGGGAUGGCUGAGUUGGAGGAGGCUUUAGCCACCAUGCUGGACAUCAUUAAGUCUGUCAAUGACUCCAUGCACCAGAUAGCAAUCACUGGCUUUGAGGGAAAUCUGAGUGAACUGGGGAAGCUGCUGAUGCAGGGAUCCUUCAAUGUGUGGACUGACCACAAGAAAGGCCACAGCAAAGUGAAGGACCUGGCGAGGUUUAAGCCUAUGCAGAGGCAUCUCUUUCUGUAUGACAAGAUGCUGCUGUUCUGUAAGAAACGAGAGGAGACCACUGAUGGACAUGAAAAGACCCCAUCCUACAGCUUCAAACACUCACUCAAGAUGAGUUCUGUGGGGAUCACAGAGAAUGUCAAAGGCGACAGCAAAAAGUUUGAGGUUUGGUACAACGGCAGAGAGGAAGUUUACAUCAUCCAGGCUCCCUCCAUGGAUGUGAAAAAUAUGUGGGUGUCAGAGAUUCGGAAAGUUCUUACAGGCCAGCUGGAAGCAUGCAGAGAAGCCAGCCAGCUCAACAUCUAUGGGGCCCCCAUGAGGAAUGUGCGGAAGAUGGCACUGAAACACUCUGAUUCAUCAAGCCCAGAGUCAGGCUUCAGGAGGUCCAACCCCAGCCCUAAUAUGAGGCAGAAGAGAGCUGACGCUUCAGCCAGCCAGUCAGGCUACUCGGCUGUUAAUGCUAGGAAGCAUUUCACCUUGCAAGGACUUUCCAACAGGAGGUCUCUUCCUGCAGAACCUGCUGCUAAAGAGGCUGAGGUCCCCCGCCGCUUCUCUCUCACUUCUUCUCUUGCUUCCUCUUCCUCCUCCUCCUUCGCUACACGGCGCACAAAAGGUCCCCUCUCUGCUAGCAUAAAGAGCAAAAGGCAUGAAAUAAAGAGUGAUCCCACUCCAUUUGGUUAUGAAGAUACAUUGCGCGGCGCUAUGGCAGCAGUCAGGAAACGUCAGAGUAUGACUAGCAGCACUUCUGCUGGUCCUGGUGGCACCUCAGCUGUCCCUAGAUCCACUUCCCAACCAGGCUGGGCCCAGCGGCGUCUUCUUUCCAUGGACACAGAGGACUUUGAGACGAUUCCCUCCAGCGCAGAGGAAUCCUCCAACUCUUCAGACGAGGAAGGCAACAAUAAAAAUGGUGACAGCAGCCGUUUCCGAGUACAGCUAACAUACGAGUCUCGUGAUCCGCAAGACCUCUCUCUGGAGACAGGUGACCUCGUCCAGUUUGUGGAGGAAGCAAAGAAUGGAAACUGGCUAGUCAAGAACCUUUUAACAGAGAAGACAGGGUUGGUCCCAUCCAGUAUACUGCAAACAGCAUCAGAAGGAGAUAUCUUCAGUGAUCUGUGUACAGCAGCUCUCUCCAACUCUGAAAAUGAAGCCAGUACAUGGGGAGAUGUGUCUCAGGACAGCAAAUAAACAUGGAUGACCACUAUAGUUCAUUAUAUUUAACUACAAAUAUGGCUGAUGACUAUAACUGUAGUUUUUUUAACUGUAAUUUCCUAAGCUGGACAAUUCUAGGUUUUCUACUUGUAGCUCUUAUUAAUGAAUUUGCAAAUAUGGCCUGCUAUUGUUUUUCAAAUGUAGUUUUUAGAAAAAAAAAAAAAAGCAUGCCUGAAUGCCACAGCAGGAAAGCCAUAUAAGGUUUUUAAUUCAAGGAAUUGCCAGCAUCUCUCUGUGGGGAACUGAAGCUUUCAUGGAUGCUGAACUGAAAGUUAAAUCAUUACUUACUGUGGAGAAUGCUGGAUGCCUGGAAAUUUAAAACCUUUUCUGACCUGGAUAACCUUAGGGAAAGUGACAAUUUCCAUGUGCUGGUUGUAAGCAGGCCUUGGGAAGGCGGCCUGGUUUGCUGUUACCCUGCACUGAAGCAGAACUCUUUAAGAUCAAAUUCUUACUCUGAUGCCCAAAUGUUUCAGCAUUUCAUGUUCAAAAUAUAUAUAAUUAAUUGCAAGUUGUUUUCUUUGGUUUUCUCUAUCCUAGUGGAGCAUGCACACAAAUUAUAUCAAGUAUAGAGUUGCUUCAGAGACUAUUCUGACUACUCCUAUAUUUUCACACUCGUACAGGUUCUCAACCACCAUCAUGUGUGUCCUUUGCAUGUUUUCCCUGUGUUUGCGUGGGCUGUCUCCGGAUACUCCAGCUUCCUCCCACAGUCCAAAGACAUGCGUGGGGAUAGGUUGAUUGGCAAGUUAAAUUGCCCCUAGGUGUGGAUGCAGAUGUGAAUGUGAAUGCAAAUGGUUGUCUGUGUCUAUGUGUUAGCCCUGCGACAGAUUGACGACCUGUCCAGGGUGUACCUUGCCUCCCGUCCUAAGACAGCUGGGAUAGGCUCCAGCCCCCCUGCGAUCUUGAAAAGGAUAAGCGGAAGAGAAUGGAUGGAUGGAAACUUAAAAAUCAAAUAUUACAAAAGCGUUUCCGCAACUAUUAGACAUUAAGUACAUUUUCCAGACACCAAGCUACUUCUGAGUGUGUGGGAAGGUUUCAUAGACCAUGUAGAUUGUUGCCGAUAUGGUUCAUCUUUUGGCAGAUUUUCCCAUCAGUGACCGUUCUCACUCGGUUAUGUAGUUUGCCUGAAAUGAUAACUUUAGGAAUUGCUGGAUUCGUUUUUUUGUUUGUUCAUUUCUUUGUUUUUCCAUUUUACAAUAUUUAAUGGCACUGAGGUCAGCUUAAUUAAUAAGGAAAAGUCUGAUUUUUUUCCCCCUGUGUAUGUAAACUCCUUGUGUAUAUUUAAACCUAUUUAAUAAUAGGUCAGUGAAUGGAUCUGAAUACUUUCUGAAGUAACUCUAUUGUUUCAACUUCCCCGCUGUCUGUUAGACUCACAAAUAAUGCGUGUAAUUUGCCAAAUGGCUGGAAAUUACUCACCAAACAACCAGAGAGCUAGGGCUGAACACAUCGGUUUGCUGAAUGCAAUAACAUAUGAAUAUAGCCUUUGUUUUUAUGUCAUACGGGGACAGAAACUGGAAGAAAACUUGAAGUCAAUUUGUCUUCUGGUAACAAGUAAAGAACUGUGCAGAUUGUGUAUCAUUAACUGUCUAAAAACAGCUUUUUGCUCCAUGCAAAAACAAAGUUGAUGAGAGUGGUGAGACCUAAGUGCAAAGAGAAGGCUGUAAUACUAAAAGAACUCAGCAGAACUGCAGAGUUGGGUAUUAAUUCUCUCUGGAUGUCACUAGAAGCAAACCCGUUUAAUUUACACAUAUCUGUCUCAUUGUUCAUAUAAAAUGCAUUCAUUUGUUCAGUUUUAGUUCCAAAGUCUGCUGCUGUAUCAGGGGUGCAAAAUGUGGGGAAAAAAGUCAUUCAAGAAGAAUUUCCUUUAUCAGUUAAUGAUAGCUAAUUACUCUCUAUCAGAAAAUACAUGAGAAGUAAAACAAUCAUGUUUUCCAUUUUAUGCUCUAUAUAGCUUCAAUGAAUAGCACACAGAAGAAGUCAAAAGGCUUUUGAUGGAAAUGAAGCAUUAAUGUUUAAGGAAAUGGAAUUAUCUCUAUGAUGUGUUGAGCUGCAUGCCACCGAGAUAAAGUAAGACUCAUUUUUACAUAAUGAGAUUUUCACUACCAAUCUUGUUAAGAACAUUUCACACUUUGAUUCCCUGCAUGCCAGCUGCUAUUUAAAGACAGGACUUAUGGUAUUCAUACAUAGUUUCUGAUUUGUGUGCAUGCACUGUACAAUAGCUAGAAAAUGUGCUUUCUAAGCAAUCUAAUCCCAGAUAUGAGUUUCUGCAAGGGUGACUUCAUGCCACUGUGAGAAAGCUCAUUUUUAAAUUGAGAACAUUCCAAAUAUUGUAUUAAUUUACGCUCACAGAUUCCCUAUUGAGGAAUUCUUUUAUCUCUGUGUUUGUGUUGCCUUAACUAAUUCGUAGAAGCAUACUCAACGAGAAACCCAAUUGAUCAUAUUCCAACCUUGGAAUUUAUUGAAGGAUUUAGUUUUUCUGCUGAAUCCAAGCAAUAGUUCAGCUUUGCAACAUGUUAUUGGAUUCAUGAGAGUUGUUUGAGGUCCAGCUGAAAGUGCUUACACCCGUGUUUUUGCUGCUGAGAAGUUAGCAUUUGUUCCCACCUUCAGUUUUGUAGGUGAAAUGCAUUUCUCUGACAGAUGGCACUCAUGCCCUUUUUUCCCCCCAAAGUAAACUUCACUAUGUUGUGGAAAAAGUCAGGGAAGUUUGUUUUUCUUUUUUCAGGGAAAAUAUUUUUAGUAAACAGCACCAUUUUUUCUAAGGUUUCAUAAGGUGUAUAAUGUUUUUUUGGUGUUGUUGUUAUUUUGGAUCUGUAGACUGGACAUAGGACUUGGUGAGGGCCACGGACACAUUUGACAAAUGUAAACAAACAUCAGUGUUAGCAUAAUUUUGAGGGAUCCAUUUUAUGUAUAACUGCUGUAUUGCCGUACUCCAUUGCUCCCUCACAGGCUUUUCAACACUGUAUUGCAUUUCUACUGCUAGGAUGAAUUGUAUAGACUAGUCACUGCGGUAGCAGAACUGUAGCUGCAGAUAAAUGGCAUAUUAUAUCACAGCAAGGAUAAUGCAACACAAACACUGCCAUUCUGUCAAAUGCUGCUGGCAUUUCACACAUGUACAUCAUGUCCCUUGGUUUGAUGCCUCUGUGAAUCAGCCAUAAAGAUAUUUGAGACUGAGAGAUAACGGUCCUUUUCUAAUCAAAGAACACAUCUGGAAGUUAAAGAUGUAAAGCCAUAAGGAUGUACUCACACCAGGCACAGUUUCCUACUACCAUGCCUGAGCACAAUAUCCCCAUUUCCUCACUGCCCCAUGCUCAUGCUGCCCUUAGCAACCUGGUCCAGUUCAUCUCAGUAUUUCAACUCAACUCUUUCCUGCUCACUCUGUGCAUCACUCACACACACUUUUAAAGAGCAUAAUGAGGUUCGUGAUUUGAUGUAGCUUAAUAGCAAUAUUUUGGGAGUUAUGAGAAACUGCCCCCUCACAUGCCUUGCAGGUGAUUUUUGCAUAAAUGUUGGAGUUCUUUCUUGGGUGUGGUUUAACGAUCGCACUAGGUGGAAUCAAGUACUGAUUAACAUACUGCUUAAUAUAACUGACACUUUCAUUUUACUUGCACUUAUUGAUUUAAGUUAGGACACAAAAGGACUUGACUAUGUUUGACAAAGGUUGUGGUUUAGAUUAAAUAUACCUCUUCAUUAUCUGAAAUCUAUGCGUUUAAAAGAAAAUGAUGGUUACCUAGUGUGGUUAAACACGUGAAAUGGUAUUUGUAAGUAUGUAUUAUAUGUAAAUAGUUUAGAGUAAAUUCAUCUCAUAGUUGCCAUAUAUCUAUAUCAUUGUAGCACCAACAACAAAGGAAUUUUGAAUGUAUGUGUGAACUGCCAGUGUCUUUGUCAAAAAGGCAUCAUUUGACAUCCUCUGAAUGAGAACUGGCUGGAAAACGGCUUAUUUGAUUUUCAUUUAGAUGGUAAAUCUUAGAAAUGGAAACAAGAAAACCAAAAGAUAUCAAACAACAAAGUCUUCAGACAAUACAUGUUAGAACAGAAGAUUGAACAUUGUUACAAACCACAAGUAAGUAGCUUUGAUCAGUCUUUGAAAAGACAAGUUUAAGAUGAGCAGUGGAUAGAUGCUUAGAAGGGUUCAUGGUUGGAUGAUAAGUGAAUGGAUACAUGAGAAUUCCAAAGGAUGGAUGAGAAAAAUUGGCUUGACAGACUGCUGUGUGACGGGCGAGGCAUGGAUAGACCGAUUGUUGGUUAGAAGAGUGAAUGGACAGAUUUGACGACACUGUAAAUGGGUUAGCAUUUGCAAGAGACAGCAAAACUAAAGUGAAGUUGAUAUGCAUUGAUAUUCUGAUUAUACAGAAAUGCAGUCCUCUUGAAUAUGCUGUAUAUUUUGUUCAUGCUAUGUUUAAAAUAUAUCUUUGCAAUGAAAAUAUUUCUCUUGUACUGCCAAUUUAAUUGCUAUUUAAGCAUAUUAUAGAAUGUAUCAAGUCUGUAUAUUGUAUCUGUCAUCUGAUGUACAUAUUGUAUUGCUUUGUUGUGAUAAUACGCAUUUACAAUGUAAAUUUUGUCACAGUUUCAUUUCUUAUUUCAAAUAUAUUCGAUUAUUCCUAACUUAGGCUCAACACCUAGAUUGUUUUACUUCUGCUAAAAAAAUGUUUCUACAUGUUCAAGAAAAGUAUAUACAAAGUCUUUUUAUAAAACAGGAUAAUUUUGCUGCUGGCAUUUCACAGAGCAAUCUCUAUUUCAAUAUCUCUUGUUUUUAGGGUUUUUUCCCCCAUAUUCAUUAGAGAAACCAUUUUCACCCAGUAAAUUAAUGUAAUCUACCAAAUAACACACAGCAACUUUGGUAAGCACAAGCAGAAGGUUCCAAUCUAUAAAACAAGUGGCUUUGUUUCUGAAUGGCCUCAAAAUACAUUGUUUGCAUCUGUCUUGGGAAUAAUAAAGAUUGUGUUGAAAAGUCCACAGAUUGCAUUUACCCCACAAUCAAAAUGAGUAAACAAGUCAUUUUAUUUCUUUAUUUGAUUUCAUUUAUUAAUCUGGUGCCAAAUCCCAACGAUUGUCAUCUCAAGUCACAUAUAGUUACGUAAAGAUCUCCCUCAUGAGUAAGCACUUAGAGACAAAACUCCCAAUUAAGAGGCAGAAACUUCCAACAGAUCAAGGCUCAGGGAGGGCAGCCAUCUGCCAUGGUCAGGAAGGUUGAGAGGAAUGAGAAGAGAGAAAAGAAGAGCACAGAGAGAACGUAAGCACCAGUUCCACUAAUGUAACGUUUUCCCAAACUAAAGACUAUAGCAGGAAGUGCAGGGCUGGUCAAUUGUUCUUGCUUUAUAACUAUAAAUGUAGUAAAACAUAUCUUUUUAGCCCAUGACACAAACUAAAAUGCUGAGAAAAUGUUACUUACAGUAUAUCAUUAACAUUAACGUGACUGCAGCAAACUCAUCAUUCUUUUACAAACCUUUAAGAGGAAAUCUUUCCCAGUCAUCACUGAUGUAAUUGCAAGGUAUCUAUACAUCCUUGACAUUUUCUGUGUGUCAGUUGUCAAUGUAGAUUCAUCAAAGGAGUAAAACACAUACAUUCUACUUGUACUGUAACAGGAAAUUUGCCGUGCCUGUAAAAGUAGUUGGAUACAGCCUCUUUGAUAUCGGUUGAACCGAAGAUUGAACCCUGUAGACUAAUAAUUCAGCAAACAUAAGCCCUGAGACUGAGAGAAGUUAAGAAAAAAAAGGCACAGUGAGAAUAUAAAGGAGAUGUGAUUUCCAACACCUCACCAUGUUCCCGAUCUACCAGACAAGACUCGUGUGAAGAAAAGAUGGGUGUUCAAACAAGAUGUUAUUAAAGUCUAUGCCAGCAGGCGGUGAAUUCAGGGGCUGUCAGAGAAGAAUCCUCUGCAUGUCAUCGCAGCUUGUUUUAUUUUGAUUUAAGACUGUAUUAAAAUGAUUUAAGGUUGUAUUGAAAUGAAAGGCAAUUAUAGCAAGUUGGGUUGUUAAAGAGAAAGACAAAGAGAUAAAAC